AUGUGGAACAUGCUCGUAGCAGCAUGUGUGCUGCACGAUUUGGUGAUCAUUCCAGUGUAUGUGUUUGAUCCGCCAGAGAAUGUGCCGUUGAAAGUCUUGGAAUGGAUGACGCAAAUCUUUUGGCAAGCUGAUCUGAUCGUGGGUGCCUUCACAGGCUUCUACCGCCGGGGAACCUUGAUCCUGGACAUCCGAAAAGCCGCAUGGCAAUAUCUGGUCACCUGGGGCGUCUUUGAUUUUCUCCUGGUCAUCAUGGGUUGGCUCUUCAUCUUUUUGGACCUUGUGGAAGAUGCUGCUCGGUCCCAAGAUGGGCAAGCGGAUUUGAUCGCCUGGUCUCGAACUCUUCGGGCCAUUCGCUUCUUGCGCUUCGUGCGCGUCUUGCGAUGGCUGAAGCUCAGGGGGGUCACAGAGGCCUUCAAGGAGCCGAAGGGGGUGCGGCUUUUGAUAUUGAAUCACUUGCUGGCUUGCUGUUGGUGGGGCAUUGCGCUCAUCUAUCCAGACCAGAACUGGGCCAGGGCCAGCGGGCUCUGGGAUGCCUCGGUCUUGGACCAGUACUUGACGAGUUUGAAUUGGAGUUUCGCGAUGCUGGGUGUCGGCUUGAGCUCCAUCAGGACCACCAAUACCUUGGAGAUCGCCUUCUUCGUGAUCGUCGCCUUUCGAUCCUUAAUGACUUAUGCCACCCUAGUGAGCUCGAUCACCAGUUUGACCAGUGCUCUAAGCAAAAUCAAGGAAGAUGAAACCUCUGAGUUUCGCUUGCUGAGAUCCUACCUGGCUUACAACAACAUCGGAGCUGAGUUGAGCCACAAGAUCUCGCGCUUUCUGCAGCACCAGUACCAUUUGAGGCAGGAAGCCAAGUCCGCUCAUGCCAAUGUGCCUCUUUUGGAGCUGCUGUCUCCAACUCUAAGACGGGAACUGGAAUAUGCACGAAACGCCGGAUCCAUGGAGAAGCUGGAUUUUAUUGCUGAGCUUCUUCCAACGGACGACUUGCAGGUCCUGCAGGUCUUGCAGGAUUUAGCGGUGAAUGCGAUGACCGAUCUGGUGGCGGCCACCAAAGAUGUGAUCUUUUUGUGUGGCAGCACGGCAAGCCAUGCAUUCCUCAAGAUCAAUGGCCCAUUGAGCUACUUCUCGAGUCAGGACGACGAAGAGCAUCAAGUCUCCGUGACGGAGGAGUCGUGGAUCGCGGAGAUUUGCUUGUGGGUAAGCUGGGUCUAUCAGGGUGAUCUAGUGGCGGAGGACGUCUCUCGCUUCUUGGAACGAGCAUAUGACUCAUGA